AUGCGUCAUUGGUACGCUGCACAUGUCUUUAUAAAUGUGUCGGCCAUGGACCCACGAACCAAGAGCCUUGCUGACACAGCAGCCCCACGAAGCAAGAGCCUUGCUGACACAGCAGCCCCACGAACCAAGAGCCUUGCUGACACAACAGCCCCACGAAGCAAGAGCCUUGCUGACACAGCAGCCCCACGAACCAAGAGCCUUGCUGACACAGCAGCCCCACGAACCAAGAGCCUUGCUGACACAACAGACCCACGAACCAAGAGCCUUGCUGACACAACAGCCCCACGAACCAAGAGCCUUGCUGACACAACAGACCCACGAAGCAAGAGCCUUGCUGACACAACAGCCCCACGAACCAAGAGCCUUGCUGACACAACAGCCCCACGAACCAAGAGCCUUGCUGACACAACAGACCCACGAACCAAGAGCCUUGCUGACACAACAGCCCCACGAACCAAGAGCCUUGCUGACACAACAGCCCCACGAACCAAGAGCCUUGUUGACACAACAGACCCACGAACCAAGAGCCUUGCUGACACAACAGCCCCACGAACCAAGAGCCUUGCUGACACAACAGACCCACGAAGCAAGAGCCUUGCUGACACAACAGACCCACGAACCAAGAGCCUUGCUGACACAACAGACCCACGAACCAAGAGCCAUGCUGACACAGCAGCCCCACGAACCAAGAGCCUUGCUGACACAACAGACCCACGAAGCAAGAGCCUUGCUGACACAACAGACCCACGAACCAAGAGCCUUGCUGACACAACAGACCCACGAACCAAGAGCCUUGCUGACACAACAGACCCACGAACCAAGAGCCUUGCUGACACAACAGCCCCACGAACCAAGAGCCUUGCUGACACAACAGCCCCACGAACCAAGAGCCUUGCUGACACAACAGACCCACGAACCAAGAGCCUUGCUGACACAACAGCCCCACGAACCAAGAGCCUUGCUGACACAGCAGACCCACGAACCAACAGGCAUACAAUCACACACCAACAGCUUCUCAGUCGACCUGACUCACGGCCAAUAAGAUCAGUCAGGUUUAAAGGAUUUUAUUGUGUGGAGGAAGGCUAG